AUGAGUUCCUCUAAUUCUAAAAAUUCAAGCUUAUGUAUGAGUCAGUGUUCCAGUGAAGAGGAAGAACCAACUGAACGCACGAGUUUGCUGUCCUCCCCUGCUGCAGUGGUUAAUCCAUCCUUUCCUGCUAACCUUACCCAGAGAACUCCUAACAUGGAGAUUUAUAUCGACACAGAACAUACAGAGCGGGCUAACCGGCGUUCCCAAAAACCAGACAUCCAUGAUGCAUACGAGAAUGAACGUGAAAUAGAAAUUGAGAACCCAGAAGUAACCGAAGCCAGCCUCCCAGUUCCACCAGCACGUAGGAAACGUAGUAGCAACCCCCCAAGUGAAGAAGAUGAAGAGACAUUGUUAUAUGGAGCAAAACACGUCAUUAUGUUGUUUGUCCCAGUUACCUUGUGUAUGAUUGUCGUUGUGGCCACAAUUAGUUCAGUCAACUUCUACACAGAACAAGGAGGCUAUCUCAUCUACACACCAUUCCAUGAACAAACAGAAGAUUCUGGAACCAAAGCAUGGCAGUCUUUUGCAAAUGCUUUUAUUCUUUUGGGAAUUAUUGCUGUGAUGACAGUCUUUCUGCUUCUCCUCUAUAAAUAUAGAUGUUAUAAAAUCACUCAUUCAUUUUUUUUAUUUAUUUAUUUAUUUAUUUUUUUUUUUUUUUCCUUCUUUUUUCCUUUUCUUCUUUUGUCUUUUUAUUUUCUCCUUUUCUUUCCUCUUUUUCAUUUUUUCUUUUUUUUUUUCCCUUUUUUUUUUUUUUUUUUUUUUUUUUUUCAUUUUUUUUCUUUUUUUCCCCCCUUUUUUUUUUUUUUUUUUUUCUUUUUUUUUUUUUUUUUUUUUUCCUCUUUUUCAUUUUUUUUUCUUUUUCAUUUUUUUCUUUCCUCUUUUUCAUUUUUUUCUUUUCUUUUUCUCUUUUUUUCAUUUUUUCUUUUUCUUUUCUCUUUUUCUUUUCUCUUUUUCCUUUCUCUUUUUCUUUUCUCUUUUCAUUUUUCUCUUUUUUUCCUUUUCUUUUUUUUUUCUUUUUUCCUUUCUCUUUUUUCCUUUCUCUUUUUCCUUUCUCUUUUUCCUUUUUUUUUUUCCUUUUCUUUUUUCCUUUCUCUUUUUCCUUUCUCUUUUCCUUUCUCUUUUUCCUUUCUCUUUUCCUUUCUCUUUUCCUUUCUCUUUUUCCUUUCUCUUUUUUCCUUUCUCUUUUCCUUUCUCUUUUCCUUUCUCUUUUCCUUUUCUCUUUUCCUUUUCUCUUUUCUUUUCUCUUUUCCUUUCUCUUUUUUCUUUUCUCUUUUUCCUUUCUCUUUUUUCUUUUCUCUUUUUCCUUUCUCUUUUUUUUUUCUUUUUCUUUCUCUUUUUCUUUUCUCUUUUUCCUUUCUCUUUUUUCUUUUCCUUUUCUUUUUCUUUUCUCUUUUUCUUUUCUCUUUUCCUUUCUCUUUUUCUUUUCUUUUCCUUUCUCUUUUUCUUUUCUCUUUUCCUUUCUCUUUUUCCUUUCUCUUUUCCUUUUCCUUUUUUUUUUUUUUUUCCUUUUUUUCUUUUCUCUUUUUCCUUUCUUUUGUCUCUUUCUUUAUUUUUCUUUCUUUUGUGUCUUUCUUUAUUUUUCUGGCUUUUUCUUUGUUAUUUUUCUUUCUUUUUCUGGCUUUUUUCUUUCUUUUUCUGGCUUUUUUCUUUCUACUAGAAACCACUAGAAUUUUGACAGUCCAAAGUAGUAUCAUUCAUGGUUGGCUGAUAAUGUCAUCACUUUUGCUGCUGUUCAUGUUCUCCUACAUGUACUUAGGAGAAGUUUUAAAAGCAUACAAUGUUCCAAUGGAUUACAUUACAGUAGCUAUUUUGAUGUGGAACUUUGGUGUUAUUGGCAUGAUUUGCAUUCACUGGAAAGGUCCAUUGUUACUUCAACAGGCCUACCUCCUUAUGAUUAGUGCCUUGAUGGCUCUCAUCUUUAUUAAAUAUCUUCCUGAUUGGACAACUUGGGCUGUUCUUGGAAUCAUGGUCUUUUGGGAUCUUGUUGCUGUACUGUGUCCGAAAGGUCCUCUUCGGGUUCUGGUAGAAACUGCACAACGCAGAAAUGAAGACAUCUUUCCUGCUUUGAUAUAUUCCUCCACCAUGAUUUGGCAAAUAGCUACCAUGGCAGAUGACUCCCCAGCCGGUUCUCGAAAUGACUCUGGGACAAACAGCACAUCAACAAUUACCACAGUUGUUAACUCUUCACCAGCUGUGAAUCACAAUGCUGCUGCUGCUGCUGCUGCUGCUUCUGGUGGAAGUGAUGCUGCUGAAAAUGAGAAUCCUAACAAUAUACGGGAAGACCUCUACACUAAUGUUCACAAUUUUAAUCAGUAUAACUCUUCAAAUAGUGUUGAUUCUCAGACUGCCCGCAGAGCACAAGCUGCCUUGGGAGAACUAGAGAAAGGUCCAUCAGCAGAGACUGGUCAUGCAUCACCUGCACAUCGAACUAGGCCUUCCCAUGUUUCUACUGAAGAGGAAGAAGAAGAAAGAGGUGUUAAACUUGGUCUAGGUGAUUUUAUUUUCUAUGGUGUAUUGGUUGGUAAAGCUUCUUCAUAUGGAGACUGGAAUACAACAUUGGCCUGUUUUGUAGCUAUUUUGAUUGGAUUGUGUUUCACUUUGCUGUUGUUGGCCAUUUUCCGCAAGGCACUGCCUGCAUUACCAAUCUCCAUCACAUUUGGUUUGAUCUUUAACUUUGCAACUCGUGGACUUGUGCGACCAUUCAUGGACAGUUUGGCCAGUGAACAAAUGUAUAUAUAG